AUGCAGGAUGUCAUUGAGAAAUUCAAAGAGAGUUUGAAGACGGCGGGUGACGAAAAAACGCUUCCAUCGAUGAAUGAUAGCCUCCAUAUAAUCCAUGAUAUCAUCGAGGACACGCCCACAAAAGUGAUUGCCGAUGAGGGAUUUCUCGCAUUAAUGGCGGUCUACUGUUACACCGAGACGCCGAUGCUGAACUUGGCAUUUUCUUGUGCCGACAAGAUCGUCGAUCGAACCUAUGAUGACGACGAUGGAAAAUUUCUGCGAUUGGUCUUUCAAAAAAUGUUCACAAAAUGGGAGGAAUCGUUCAUUACACUUGGGAAUCGCAUCCGAACGAGUCUGAAGGCAUCGAUGAUAACGACACUAUCCAUUGAACUAUUGAGAAAAUUCGUUGAAAGGCACUCCCAUGUAAUUGAGAUUGCGAAUCCGACGACGAAAGAGGAUGAGGAGCUCGUCGAGAAUUAUUCCGAUGCCCUCUCGAAACUCCUCUGCCUUCGAAUCACCGUCAAAGAAACCGCGCAACACUGCGAGUCCGUCUUUCUGAUAAUUUGCCGAAAAUUGUUUCGCGAAUGCCAUUGUUGUGUGCCGGAAAAUGAAACGAUUGAGAGAAUCGAGCGAAUCAUGUUCUACUUCAAGCAUUUGAGCUCGUUGCGACAAACUCUUGAGUACGACAAGAAUAUGAAGAAGAGCGCGGAGGCUUGUAAAUUGUUGAAGUAUUUGAUGCAUUUGGAUUGCGUCAAGAAUGUCGAGAAACUUGGAAGUCCGACGACGAGUCCAUUGAAUGUCCAGAUUCAUAUGCAUUGUGAGGAUGCGAAUCGGCUGGCGCAAAUCAAACCGAGUCCGGGUGAUCGAGCGAAUCCGACCAAUGCUGAGAGCAUUCCAUCUGAGCAGGAGGAGGCGACGCCGAUUGAAGCGUCGAAGGAUUGCGGUGAAUUGUCGUCGAGCUCGCAAGAGGUCGCUGAGUCGGACCAGAUGAAAAAACGCAAAAUUCCGAUGGAGGAGCAAUUGGAUGAUGGGCCCAUCGUGAAACUGAUCCCGUCAUUCUGGGACCUUCCCGACGAGAUUGUCGAUGAUGUCGUCCAGAAAAAGAAUACCAAGACUAGAUACAGCCACGAGGAGAACAUGAGACUCAUUCGAUAUGUGUAUAGAGAGAUUCAGGAGUUGGAGGAGAAAAAUGAAUGGGUCAAUCUGAAAUCGCAGAAAUUCUUUGAGAAAUACGUUGCCAAAAAAUAUACAAAUCGGACCCUCACCGCAUUGGUUCAGAAGUAA